AUGGAAAAAGAAGAAGAAGAAAGCAAAGAAUUGCCUGACGAAUGCUGGGAGAUGAUCUUUGAUCGUCUUAAGCAUGAAAGUGACCAAGAAUCAGUCAGUUUAGUCUGCAAGAGAUUCCUGUCAAUCACCAAUUCCUUAAAAGUUAGCAUAAAAAUCCCAGAAUGUACAACAAUCUCAACCAUCUCUAGGCUGGUGCAACGAUUCCCCAACCUUAAGCAGAUACAGUUCAGUGGCUUCCGAGAAGACCUGAAUGAAGCUGUUGUUGCAAUUGCACGGUCCGGGUUGGACUUGGAAGAGCUGUUGGAUAUGGCAUAUGACCGGUAUCAGCGAGCAGUUUGGUUAGAGGAGCUGGGUUCAAACAUGAAGAAUCUGAAAGUACUGAGGUUUGCAGGUGGAGAGGGAGAUGCUGAUCUUGUCAGAGUAGCAGACUCGUUCCCUCAGCUCGAGGAACUGCAUAUCAGGGACCGUUAUAAGAAUGAUAAUGGUAAAAUCAUUGUUGCGACUGAUAAAGGGAUGGAUUAUAUGUCAUUGAAGCUCAAGAGAUUACGCAAGAUAGUGCUUUCGGAUAGAUUAUAUGGUAUUUCAGAUAAGUCCCUUAUUUCCCUGUCAAAAAACUGUCCAUUACUAGAGCAAAUUGAGGUCACUGUUAGUGGUUCUGUGACAGCAAAAGGAAUUUCAUUCCUUGUUAACAAUAGCCAUCAUUUGAAUUCAUUAUACCUAUCUGCACAUUUUAAAAUCGAAUCAUUCGGUGUCAAAGGCUCUACUGAUUUAACCAACUUACAAUCUCUCAUGUUAACAAAUGUUGAAAUAUCAGAUGAUUUUCUCGUUUCUAUAAUAGAAGCACGAAUCCCUAUUGCUUGCUUGUUUCUAGCAGAUUGUGAAGGGUACACGUUUAGUGGGAUCUCAAGGCUCCUACAACACUUAUCUCAAUCUCUAAAAUCUUUAGCCUUGGUGAGUGUUGAAUUCCUCACAAAUGAGCAUAUAGAGUACUUGUCCUCUUUUCUCGAAAACCUGACAUCAAUUCAGCUCCGUAGUUGUUCCAAUCUGUCUGAAUCAGCUUUUGUUAUGAUUACACAAAGAUGCCUUCGUCUAUACCAUUUUGCAAUGACUAAUUCAAGCGUCGGAAGAGAAGAGUACAUUUAUGAUGGCCUAAUGAAGAAGAAUCGCGCAAUAAAGUACUUGGACCUAUCAUUACAUAAAAACUUUAGCCCUGCAGCUCUGAAAAGGCUUCUUAACAUAUGUCCCGAAGUAGAGAAGCUUGAUCUAAGUCAUUGUUUCUUACCCCGUGAUCAACUGAAUGUUCCUUUUAUCUUUGAGUGCAACUUGUACUCAGGGAUAUCGUGCAACAGGAGUCCUGCAGAAUUGGAUUUGACUGUGUCCAAUAGUGUGGAAGAUUACGAAAUAGACAUGGAGUUAGAGUUGUCAGUGUUAGAGGAGUUGAUCGUGAGUUAUUCAGGGAUUAACGAUAAAUUGCUUACAAAGAUCAGCCCUAGAUUGACUCACCUGGAUCUGGAGGGUUGCAAGAAUGUGACAGAAAAAGGGGUAAAGGAAGUGGUGAAAUCGUGUAAACGACUGAGAUACUUGAACAUAAGUUAUUGUGAUAAACUGGAUUUCAAAAUAAUAGCAUGGAUACUGACAAACAGAUCAUCCCUGAGAAAACUGGUCUCAACAACAUCAUAUGAUCACAGAUACCAAGACGACGAUAACCUGAAACUCUUCCUGCAGCAAGGCUGUCUGACAAACAGAUCAUCCCUGAGAAAACUGGUCUCAACAACAUCAUAUGAUCACAGAUACCAAGACGACGAUAACCUGAAACUCUUCCUGCAGCAAGGCUGUCUUGUCCUCAAGGGUAUAGACUACUCUAAACUCGAUGACCUGUUUAGUACCAUGUAUGUGGUAUAG